GAUCUGCGCAGUAUUGACAAGUGCUCGAAUCAAAUCGCAAGAGGCUGUACAGACACAAACAGGAUAAGCUCCGGCGGCAAUGGAGAUCGCAAGCCCAAGCAGCAGCCGCCGCUGGGAGGCUCCGGCCUGCGCCGUGAAGAAACCUCUGUACGCCAUCGUUUGGCUGCUGAGCGUGUGGGCUCGGCAGUGCCGGGCGGAUAGCGCCAUGGAGGAGAUCGCUACAGAGAAAGAGGCGGAAGAAAGCCACCGGCAAGACAGCGCUAAUCUGCUGCUCUUCAUCCUGCUCCUGACACUCACCAUCCUCACCAUCUGGCUCUUCAAACACCGGCGCUUUCGGUUUCUCCACGAGACUGGGUUGGCAAUGAUAUACGGACUCCUGGUGGGAGUGAUCCUCAGGUAUGGCAUCCCGUCCACGAAUGGUCAUGGCAAGGUUCCUAUUGGUUGUGCACUGGAGAACAGGGCAGUGACCACAAUACUGGUAAACGUCAGUGGAAAGUUUUAUGAAUAUUCCCUGAAAGGAGAAAUCAAUUCCAGGGAAAUAAACAACGUGGCACAAGAUGACAUGUUGAGAAAGGUAACCUUUGACCCUGAUGUUUUCUUCAACAUUUUGCUACCUCCAAUCAUAUUCUACGCAGGAUACAGCCUCAAAAAGAGGCAUUUCUUCAGGAACCUUGGCUCUAUCCUAGCAUAUGCGUUUAUUGGAACUGCAGUGUCUUGUUUUGUCAUAGGAAACUUCAUGUAUGGAAUUGUGAAGCUGAUGUAUGCUGUAGGACAACUUGAAGAUGGGUUUUACUACACAGACUGCCUGUUUUUUGGUGCCAUCAUAUCUGCUACUGAUCCAGUGACUGUUCUUGCCAUAUUUAAUGAGCUUCAAGUGGAUGUUGACCUGUAUGCUCUACUGUUUGGGGAAAGUGUGUUGAAUGACGCUGUGGCCAUUGUGCUGUCAUCGUCAAUUGUUGCUUACCAGCCAGCGGGUGAGAACAGCCACACCUUUGAUGCAGCAGCUUUCUUCAAGUGUGUGGGUGUCUUCCUCGGAAUAUUCAGUGGCUCUUUUGCCAUGGGGGCGGUAACUGGAGUGCUCACUGCUCUGGUCACCAAAUUUACCAAACUGCACUGUUUCCCUCUCCUGGAGACCGCACUGUUUUUCUUGAUGUCGUGGAGCACCUUUCUUCUUGCGGAAGCAUGUGGCUUCACUGGUGUGGUUGCAGUGCUCUUCUGUGGAAUCACGCAAGCUCAUUAUACAUAUAACAACCUGUCUGCAGAGUCAAGAGACAGAACAAAGCAGUUGUUCGAAGUUCUGAAUUUCUUGGCUGAAAACUUCAUAUUUUCCUACAUGGGCUUGGCACUAUUUACGUUUCAGAAUCACAUCUUUAACCCCAUCUUCAUUCUGGGGGCCUUUAUUGCUAUUUUGCUGGGAAGAGCUGCCAACAUUUACCCACUAUCUGUUUUCCUGAACUUGGCCAGAAAGCACAAGAUUGGCUGGAACUUCCAACAUAUGAUGAUGAUUGCAGGUCUGAGAGGAGCCAUGGCCUUUGCCCUCGCCAUCCGAGACACCGCCACCUACGCCAGGCAAAUGAUGUUCACCACCACGCUCCUUAUCGUCUUUUUCACUGUCUGGGUCUUCGGUGGAGGCACCACGCCAACAUUGUCAUGGUUACGUAUUAGAGUUGGUGACCGGGUUCCUUCAGCAGAGGAUCUGGCUGAUGAUCACUGGAGCUACUUCAGAGUCGGAGUUGAUCCAGAUCAGGAUCCAGCUCCCAAUGCUGACAGUUUCCAAGUGAUGCAAGGUGAUGGCGCGCACCCUGAAAGGACCAGCAGAACAAAGCAGGAGAGCGCCUGGCUGUUCAGGCUGUGGUAUAGCUUUGACCACAAUUAUCUGAAGCCAAUAUUAACACACAGUGGCCCCCCGCUCACUGCCACAUUGCCCAGUUGGUGUGGUCCUCUAGCACGAUGCUUGACAAGUCCACUGGCUUACGAAAAUCAAGAACAGCUCAGAGACGAUGAUUCAGAUCUCAUCCUUAAUGAUGGUGACCUGAAUUUGACCUAUGGUGGGAGUACUCUAACCGCCAAUGGCUCUUCCAGCUCAGGUACUGCAUCCAACAAUGUGGAUGGCAAGAGAACCAAGAGCAUCUCCGAAGAUGUACUGGAACGUGAUUUGGGAACAGAUGAUCAUGAACUCAUUACUAGAGGCACCAGAUUAGUUUUUCCCUUGGAUGAUCAUGCAUGACUGCAAUGAUAUGAGUGAGCCACAGAAUAGCCCAAGAAGGAUCAAAGCCUAUUUUGUUCUUGGAAGUGAGACUGAACUGUUUACUUGUGUAAUGAUUUUUUUUUUUCCCCUUGCUCUCCCCAAAAAUCUCUUGGCUCAGCUAUUUAAAGUGUGAGAAUGUGAAAACAUGUGUGGCAUUUCACUAAACUUUUACUUAAGUAUGAAAUUGCCAUGACCCUUUAGUGUACUACUAGUGCCAUUGCUGUUGUAAUUAUCUUGUCGACUGACUGGUUAGUCUCAACACUGAUGCUUCUCCUAAAGUCCCACUUACACUGCAUGAACUUUCCUGGUGCAAAGUGGCUGCACUGAAAUCGAAUCUGCAGUAUGAUGCUGGCAGUCUCAGACGUUGCUGCCACCAGCAUCGUGCACUCGCUGCAGUGAGUGUGCAGCUAAUUUCUACCUUUUAUAACAUUCAAAACCAUACAAUGCAGGCAACAUCUGUAGCUGCUGUACUGUCAUUGCAUUUUCGAUCGUGGCAAAAUGGAAGUUAUCUCUUUGCUGCUCCUAGGAAUGACACUGGAGUUGAUUGGUGAGCAGAGCUCCAUGCACAUAUUUCAACAUAAAUGCGCUUGGACCUUCUACCUCCUCCCAAUGAUGUGAGCAGUUAUUUUGAACAUACAGGUACACUGUCAAAAGUGGCAUCUUGUGUUGGUACAACGUAACUGACUGUGUCAGUCUGAAAUCUUGGUAUAAGGUGAGGAAAGGCUUGUGAUGGGUUGUUUGGGAUGAAGGGGGUGUGGAGACAAGAAAGAUCAUAAAAAUUUCAGCGAACUGUGAAUUUUAAUUACGGCCUCUGCAUGAUAUAGAGAAGGGACAGUAAGCUCACUCUACCAACUCAAGGCACAUUGUUUUCUAACGAGUAGUUUUGCUGUUGCAAAACUUACCUGUGUGUUCACAUCCUUUGUAUAGCUGUUGUAUCCCCUUUAUUCUACAUAUUUUCUAUGUCAGUUUAAGACAUUCACUUUUGUCUUGAACUGCUAUCUACUAGUGAACGAGUACUUUAUAAAGAAAACUGUAAACCCCACGGUUCGUGAUACAUUUGGAGAAGUCAGCUGAAGAGAUUAUUUUUGGAUUUUGUCACGUGAUAGCCGAACAUUUCUUGAUGUCGUUUGAAUGAUAGGCAAAUAAUAUCCAUCUCUCCUAAGGGGGUCCAGAGGUCAGAUUCUUCUCUUCCUUGGUCAUAUCUAACUAGUGCAAAACAGCAUUGCGGUAACGCCUGUUAAUGAUGCUGGUAAAUUAGAACAUGGUAAAUCGAAAGAUGGUUUUAAAAAUCAUUUGUUCCUUGCAUAUUUUGUAUGUCUAGAUGGAGACGACAUUAUGUCUUAUACAUCCUUGUUUCCAUUCAUAUCAUUUGAAGGAACUCAGUUCCAAAUUUUUUUUUUUGCUUUUGGAAGAGGUGAGUCCAUGGAAAAGUUAGUAGGAAGCUGACAUCAGGAGACUGCAGGUUUUUUACAGGGGAAUGAGGUAAGCCCAUUUGAAAUCUCUCAUCCUCUUUUUUGAAAUUUAGAAGACAAAAGUCCAGACUGGCAGGUCUUCAAGUCACUUUUGCUUCAAAGUUCAACCAUUUAUCUGAAAAUACAGUCAUCCCUUAAAAGCGAUAUAUUGCAGAUGCUGGGGAUCUGAAAUGAAUAACAGAGAAAAUACUGGAUAAACUAGGCAGGUCUGGCAGCAUUUGUGGAGAGAGAAACAGUUAAGGUUUUGAGUCCAGUCUGACUCCUCCUUGGAAUUCUCCAAACUAUCAAAACUAACUUGAGUGAUUCACGUUUUUUUCAUCCCGAUUUUAAAUUGUUACACUACCCUCUAUGUUGCAAGUGGCAUCCUUUUUUUGUUUGAAUAAAAGCAUUCUCUUGAAUCCCUCGGACAAGAUAUCCUAAAAUGCCCUCUGCAAACAACAAAGACCUUUCCAAUUAAACUCUUUUUGUUGAAGUCAGUUAGUGAAAGAAUUCCACAUCACCUGAUCACCACUUUAUAUCAAGUUAGAAUGGCAUUUGAGUGAGGGAUGCAGUUUUACUUGACUAUGGGAAUCCCAAACAUUUAUACUGCCAACUUCAUCAAUUAGCGGAGAAAAUGUAACAAUUGUUCACAGGAGGUAGUUCCUCUUUGCAAAAGGAGGUGGUUCAAAGUUAUGGACUGUUCCACAAAGUAAAGGCCUCUCUGUACAAUUCAUUACUAACAUUAUAGCGACCUGAUUUGACCAUUCCUUACGCAACUGACACAUUGACAGCAUUUAAUUAGACCGUGUAAUGUAUCCAUUUAUGAUUGUAUAUCUUGAUGCAAUAUCACAAUGAGCAGUUGGAAAUUACACUUAAUGAGACAAAAACAUCUAUUAGUUUGCAAGAAUGUGAGACAAAUUCAAAGAACCCUUUUUCUAACAUCCAGAAGUUAUCAGAUUUGUUUUAAUGUUGAAUAGUUGCCCAGAACUAAUUGUUACUUGAGCUCACUUUGUUUUGUCAAGACUUUGUGUUUGCACUGUGUAUUUUGUUUAAUCAAGAUGAGUGUUUAUUAUGCAGAGGGAAUAGUGAGGCAGAGAUCAGCUGAGUCCAGUGGUUAAAUUGACCCUAACUUAAAAAUCUGCUGUGUUGACCUACAUAGGACAUUCCAGCAAAGCAUUCCGAAGGAUUUCAUGCCCAGUUUAAUGAAAGUCAUGGUAAUUUGAAAAUGUAAAGGGUUUUUUGUAAAAGCUUCAAUUUUACGUAAGAAGUGCAUUUCAAGCAGAAAUUUAUUAGGAAACUGGACUGCAGGAAACAAAAAUUAACCUUACAGCUGCCAUAUUACUAUAAAUUAGUGUUGCCAAGUCUUCAUUCUUGUCAGUUUGGGUAAUUAGUUUGUUCGUCCAAGUGACAUUGAAUGUUUCACUCUGAAAGUCAGUUUCACUAAAAUGAGGUUUUAGAGGCUUCUGUGACAUUCUUGAACAUCGUUGAGUUGGAAAUUUAACCAUGGAGUCACAGAAAGCAAGUGCAGAAAUUGUUACCAAAAACAACGGCUUGCUCUUGGGAUCCUUAAUGGCCAUGGCAGUUUAGAAGGUCAAGAGACAGCCUUUUCAGGAGUGCUAAAGCCAAAAAUUUAAAUAUUUUAGAGCAAUUUGCUUCAUUUCAGGUAAGGGCAGGGGGGAAUUGAAAAGAUUUAAAGUAUCAAAGGGAAACUUUGCCAAAAUGCCCAGAAAGCUGCAGGGAAUUCUGCCAAUGUACCAGAUGGCACUGGAAGUGUUUUUGGGGUUUCCUGCCCCAAUUACUUGAAGAGCACAGGUGAAGGUGGAAAUGAACAAGUGUCAGCUGUUAAAGAAAUAAUUUUUCUAAUUUUGCUUGCCUCUGUAACUAAUAACAAUAAUGGAAAGAGUCAUUUCUCUUUUUCAGACAAUGUUAUUCUUCUUCUGUGAUGCACAGGUUCUAAAAAGCAUUCUGAUGCCUUGAAACUUGACUGGGUCAAUAAUUUUCAGGAAUGCUCAUGUUUGAGCAGAAUACGCAAAACAAAUUGAUUUUUUUUUUGUCAAUAGCAGGUUCUCUUAAUGACUGUGUAUCUGCUGGGAUUUCUAACUUUUAUACAUACUUUCCCUGGUUGAAUUCUGAUUCCAGAGCCUUUUUUUUUUUUUUUGUUCCUAAUUGUUAGAAUUUGAUCUGCAAAAAUGCCAUCUACACACUGCCAAUCACAAUUUAAAUCCUGCUUUGAAAACAGAACAAAAUGGAACAUAAAAGCCAUCUUUUAAAAUUGUACAGAUGUACACGAUAUCUUUUAACUUCAUGUCCUACAUUAUUAGUAUUGACAGCACUGCUUGCUUUUAUAGCUUCCUUAAUAUAGGAAGAGUUCCAAAAGUGCUUACUGUGAAUUUAAUUGGGCAAAGAUUCACAGUGAGCCAAAGAAGGACUACUAAAAAGUGUCUGAAAUUUUGAUCCAAGAGGCACAUUUUAGGGAACAUCUUCAAGAUGGGAAGGAUAUUGAAGAGGUUUAAAACCUAGACAGUCAAAAACAUUGCUGUCAGUGGUGGAGUGAAGUUCUUGGAAAUUUAGAGCUGGAAGAGUUAGAGGCAGGAUGGUUAGAUCAAAAGGGAAUUUGAACAGAAGGAUGCAAAUGUUAAAAUGGAAGCCCCAGUGGACCAUGAACCAGUAUAGGUCAGUGAGUACAGGAAUGAUGGGUGAGUGGGACUUGGUAUGGUGAGGAGAGUGUUUGUUUGUUUGUUUGUUUGUUUUAUGGAGGAUGGAAGAUUGGUAAGGAGAGAAUUGAAACAGUCAAGCCCAGAGUGAGAAGUACGUGGCUGAGAUGUCAGCAGUGGAUAGAUGCAGGCAAUUGUGGAGACGUGUGAUAUUAUAAAAGUGGAAAGAUCCUUGGAAGGACUUUGAGAAAAUAGGAUCAGAAGCUUAGUUUGGGGUCAUUGAGAUUGAAAACUAUCUAGUUGAACCUGAGAUACUGACCAGGGAUAGGGAUGAAAUGAAUAGUGAUGAUUCUCCUUUUAAUUGUAGUGCUUGGAGAGAAACUGAUAGUUCAUCUUCUAACAGAACUUGUUCUUCUUGGGACUGUUUUUCUUCUUAAGAAACCUUCUCUGAAGUGGCCAGAAUGAUGCCAAUUUACACAGAUACCUGGGCCUGUGUUAGUUAAAUGCAGAAUUUCACUUGGCUGCUUAUCCUGCAUCAUUUAAUCAAUAACAAGUAAAUCUAGUAAGUAGGUUUUCCUGCAUUUUAAAAAGGCAAACUGGCACAUCUCCAAAUAUACAUAACAGGUAGAAACUAACUUCCACAUGGGAUGCACUUUACUUGUUUCCUCCAUAUUAGCAGGCCAUUUUUUCGCUAACGUAACAGAUUAUUUCCUGUGCUCCUUCCUUUCUUCACCAUGUCAAUGCUUUUUAAUGAAAACGUGCUUUGCAGUUUACUUUAUGCUGAAUAAGAAAGAUUCUGUCACCUUUUUAUAUGAUCAUGAGCAAAUCACAUGAUGUUUUCCAAUGCAUUCUUACUUGCUGUACUGUUGCCAACACCAAAGUGGUUGGGGAGGGGAGGAAUGUUAUCAGCGAUUUCUUGCAAAUCUUUAUGGCUCUUACUGCCGUUAUUAAAUUGCUCAUACAUCAUGAAAUCAAGACGGUUUAUCUUGUGAAAGGCAGAAUUCUGGCUUUCUUUUGAACAUUUUACAUUUUCAAGAAGCAUUAGCUGCAUACUGUUACCAUUCCUGUUGCUGAUAUGCUUUGUGGAGCAAUUGAAUGCAAAUGUUAGAAACAAUCUGAGAUCCUGUGGCAUACCCUCUAGUAAUAGCUCUCUGAAAUCCUACAAAUGCAACCAUUUUUCAUUUGGAAGCAUCUCUUGCACUUGAGAGUGUGGCAGGUGAUCUUUUGGCACAAUAGUCUGGUGUGUGCUAAUGAAGUCUUGAGAGAAAUUGAGUACAAGGGUUUCAGAUGUCAAAUGAUUAAAGCUCUUUUGAGUUUAAACAAAAUCAGCACUUUAGCAACCAACCGUCCAUUUGUUUCUCCAUUACAUUUUGCAAGGAAAUGUCUGAGCUGAAAUGAACUUUUACUGUGUGUAAUGCUCCUAUUUAAAUUACAAGUAGGUAACUGUUCUCAAUGUGUUCUUUGUGCACUUUGUGGUUGGCCGUGCAUUGCAAUGAAAUCUAUGAUCGUUGUGUGAAGAACAAGCCAAUGGCUAACAAAUAGCCCUUGUGUAUGAGACUCGAUGCAGAAAAGGCUUGUCAAGUUCCCAAUGUGUUUUGUACUUAAGCCCAUGAGUUGAAAACUAUGGGGAGGGAGAAGAGGAGAGAAAUAAUAACAAUCUGUAUUCUUUUCCUCUGGUUUCUACCCGAUGUUUAAUAUCCCACCUUUGCCACCCAUUUUCCUUCUGUUUACACCUCUCUCUCUGCAGCCACUAGGAAGCAAUCUGAGAAAAAGGGACACUUUAAAAAUAAUCGCGAAAGUAAAUCCUGUGUAAAGAGUGCUCCUCAUGUUUUCCAGUCUUCCGUCCUCAAGAACCUGUGGUGGUUUCUCAAGACUGUUACUAUUGAAAGUUCAUGAAGAGCUUGAACAAAUUGAAAUGAUUGAUGAUUUUUAUCCUGUCCUAUUUAUUACUGUGAGAAGGGGUGUAUCUAAUCACAAGCAGCAACAACAAUGCGCGGUCUAAAUGACUUUUGUGUUAAAUAUUUUUGUCUCUUGCCCAACCCCCAAUGUACAUGGAGGGGAAAUGAGCAGGGAUGAGGAAACUGGAAGCAUUUAUGGUCAUACUGAAUACAUCUGUUCAGAUAUGCUUUGCUUUUUCUGUCUUCAUUGAAUCUAUCCAAGUCAUUCUGAAGGAAGUCUUAGCCACCUACCCCUGCCAAUGGCAUCCCCAACAUGAGGGUUUGAGGCGGGUAGUAGUCAAUCCAAGCACUCCAUAGCUAAUCCCAUUGCAUCUUCGUAAUUAUUGCAGUGUAGUUCUUGGAUUUUUGAAGACAAAUAUUAAUAUAUAUUUUUCUGCUAUGCAGAACUCUGCAAGAGAUUUGAAGAUUAUAAGUUGUAAAGGUCUUUAGAAAGUCAUCUACACCAGGUGACGCUAUUGUUGACUUUGUGUUUUGCAGUCCUUUGCGUCAGGUUUGAUUGUUCACUCCAUACAAACACCUGUAUGUCUUGGAUCUGCUUUGAUUUUACCUGAAAGGAAAGGGGAGAAAAUAUUAUUUAAUACACUGAUUAGUAUGUGAAUUGUAAAUUGUAGUGAGGGAGGGGAAAAGUACAUGUUUGCUAUGAAAAUGAAAAUUUGUCUGUCAACAGUACUCAGUAUGGCAAAGGUCAGUCAUGUUGGCAAAUUAUCAUUCACUGUUGAAAUGGUUGCUGUUUGUUGACUUUGGAGCUUGUUCAUAUGCUUGUGCCAUAAAAAUAAUGAUUUUUUUUUUAGUCCAGUAUGAUGUCUUUUGAACAGUUUCAUUACCUAGAUCAUCUGGACCUGAGAUGACACUGAAGUAACUAGCAUCCAUUUGUCGAAUGGUAGCUAACUUGACCCUGUGUUUCUAAUGCAAACGUGAGUUAAGUAGUUUUCCUAAUUAGUGUACCACUGUACAGGUUAAUGUACUAAUGUAAUCAUGUUUCAUCAUGCAUGGUACAGAAAGAUUCAAGUGUAUAUGUUGUCAUAAAAAUAAAAAUGAAUAUAAACCAA